GCCAAACAAUUCAAUUUGAAUUUCGCGCCAUAACUUAAGAUUGGAUUUUCAAGGCGGCAAUUUGAGUGCAUUCGAGCUAACAUAACCUGUUAUUUGUGACUAGGUUGGAUUUAUGCAGUCGUACGUGCAUUCAAAACGUCUACAGUUAAUGGACAUUUAAACAAUUUAUUAUAUUUAUUAAAACUUAUUAAAUAAUAUAUAACCUUUCCUUUUGAUAAUAUUAUUUCAUAUUUGUCUUAGAAUAUUAUAAUAAAAAAAUAUGGUUGUUUUUACUUGUAAUCAUUGCGGGGAGACUUUACAAAAACCACGUGUUGCUAAGCAUUAUCAAUUUCAGUGUUACAACAAGCCUUAUUUAACGUGUGUGGAUUGUUUAAAAGAUUUUCAUGAACAGGAAUAUGUACAACAUACAAAAUGUAUAACUGAGGCAGAACGAUAUGGUGGUAAAAACUAUGUUCCAAAGGCUGCAGCUAAUAAGGGUGAACGUAAACAACAAGAAUGGCUUAAAGUCGUUAAUAAUGUACUUGAAACAAAUACGGACUUAUCACGUGACGAAAGAGAAUUUUUGAAAGGUUUGUCAAAUUGUGAAAACGUACCCAGGAAGAAAGUGAAAUUCAUUAAUUUUGUUAAUAAUGCAUUUGGAUUUCGAACGAACAAGUCAAUCAUUGAAAGCGUUUGGGACAAAAUGGAAAAAGCCCAUCAACAAUCAAUAAACAGUAAUGUAAAGCAAGAACAAAUUGAAAAGACCAAUGGUAAUCAUAAAGUAAAAGAAGUGGCUAAAGAAGAUGAAACUUUGACUAAUAAUUUGGAUAAUAAUGUAGCAGAAAAUCAGAAUAAUGAAAAUAUAUGUAAAGAAAGUAAAUGUGAUAAUAAACAAGAUAACGAAAAUAAGGAAUUAUCUGACAAUAAUUGUAUCAAAGGAUUAGAGCUUAAAAAAGACAAAAAAUCGAAGAAAAGAAAACACUCGUCAUUAUCUGCAAACACGGAGGAGGAGGAGGAGGAGGAAUCUUCUUCUGCUAUUAAAAAAAGUCAUUUAGACAAUGAGACUGUAAUUACCAAUGAAACUGCUAACGAAAGUCAAAAUGAAAAUGCAUCAUCGGAAGGAAUGAAGUUUAGCUGGAAAAAUACUAUUUUAAAUAUAGUAUCGAUUAAAGGGGAAAUAUCUUUAAAGAAAUUACAAAAGAAAGUACACGUACAAUACACGAAUCAUUGUCAAAAUGAAAUAACGGAUGACAAAUUUAUGAAUAAGUUUAAUAAGAAACUUAACAAAAUGACUGAAGUUAUUGUAUCCGAAGGAAAAGUAAAAAUGGCAUAGAUAUGUAAAUUAUUAUUGAUAAUCAAAAGUUUUAUGACAAAUAUAUAUUA